UGUCUCUUACACACUUUCUGUUGACUCAUUCUUUUCUCGCUCAUACUUGAACCAGUUUAUUUUUUAUUCUUCCUAUUUUAUCUUUUCAAAGUUUGCGUGUUUUUGCUUACAAGUCCUCCAAGGCAGUGCAACAGUUUGUGUGCAACUACUCAUCCAGGACAGAGGUUUUCAGUUCAUUAUGUACUCCUAAAACUAACGCCUUGUGCCUACUGGGAGAGUUUGACCCUCAUAGCAGUGAGAUGGAGGGAAUAAAAAGAAAGAGGGGAUGCCAGCGAGACGUGGCCACAGUGUCCCACAGAUGGUGGCCACUAAAACAGCCUUACUAAUCUGGUGUAGGUGAUCUACAAUGCACAGAAGUCCUGACGUGAAGUUAGAUCAGACUUUAACUCCAGUAUGGUGCACAUGAGGAGGCUCUUGCGAGUGAAGGGAGAUGUUCUGUGCAGUAUGCUGCUUCUGCUGCUCUUCUGUCUGCUGUUUUAUGCCCGGCAGGUGAUACUGUCCUCUGGAUGGGACAGACCCCUCUUGAAACUGGAGGUGAACAGCUCUACCAGCUCCAGUCGAACUCUUCUGGGCGCUAAUAGAUCCAAAGUAAAAAUUAUUCCUGCCACGAGACUCGCAGAUCCAAAGCUGGACACUCAUAAGCCUCAGACCAAAACCAAAACUCCACAGGCCAAGUCCAAAAUCCAGGUUAAAUCCAAGGGGAAAUCCAAGUCGAGACGCAAGAAUGCAGCCAAACCAACCAGGCCUCCUCUGCCCACUCUGCCCCCAUUCGACUUCGAGGGCUACCUGAAAGCAAAGGACAACCGGAACUUCAGCCUCCUCAUUGACCAACCUGACAAAUGCCACAUAGAUGGACAAAUCGCCCCGUACUUGCUUAUUGCUGUAAAAUCUGUGGCAGCUGAUUUUGAUAAGCGCCAGGUUGUGCGUCGGACCUGGGGGAGAGAAGGGAACUUUCCAAAUGGGGUCACCAUACGCACAGUGUUCCUGCUGGGUGUCCCAAGGAACCAGAGUGCCCUGCCCUUAUGGGACAAGCUCCUGGAGUAUGAGAGCCAGAGCUUUAAAGACAUACUGCUGUGGGACUUUGAAGACACCUUUUUUAACUUAACGCUGAAGGAAACACACUUUUUGAUGUGGGUCAACAGCAGCUGUGAACAUAUCAAGUUCAUCUUCAAGGGUGAUGCUGAUGUCUAUGUAAAUAUUGAGAACAUUCUGGAGUUGCUGGAGGGUCAGGAGCCAGAGGAGGACCUGUUUGUUGGUGAUAUUAUUGUGAAGGCCAGACCCAUUCGCCGACGCAGCUCAAAGUACUUUGUUCCAGAGUUUGUGUAUGGAGGCACUCUGUACCCAUCUUAUGCUGGAGGAGGAGGAUUCGUAAUGUCUGGGUUCACAGCUCGGAGACUUAGCUCAGCAUGUCAACAGGUGGAGCUGUUUCCCAUCGACGACGUAUUUUUGGGAAUGUGUCUUCAGCAGAUUGGAGUCAAACCCUUGCGGCACCAGGGCUUCCGGACAUUUGGGAUACCCCGCCCCUCCGCCGCACCUAAUCUCCAAACAUUUGACCCGUGUUUUUACCGUGAGCUGAUGGUGGUCCACAGCUUGAGUGUCCCACAGAUAUGGCUGAUGUGGAACCUGCUGCAUGACUCUAAAGUGAGUUGCCACAACAGAGCGCAGGCCACCUCCAGACCUUUCUCCUGGAGGUUUGACAACAGGCCCCAAACAAAGGGGACAGCAGACACAGACUACGGAGAAACAAGAGUGUUUGUCAUACACUAGAGUCUUAAUGUCAUACAUGAGAGAAAGUGGGGAUGGUUCUUUGCACUAAAAACACCACCUUCAUAACGUACCACUGCAAACUAAUAAAGAAAAUGUGUCUAAAUCAGGGCUAAAUUAGGCUUAAUAGGACAGGGAAUACUCCAGUGCUAUCUGGAGAUUUGCCAAGCUGUGCAAGAGAAUCUGGCUGUAGACCUCCACGCAGAAGAUCUCCACCAGGAUGACCCUCCACCCACUUUUUUAUUAGUUUUUUAUCUUAUUAAGAAAUUAAAUUAUCUGCUGUUACUAAGGCAACAGGGAAUACAGUUGUAUCUGCUGUUGCCUUAGUUCCCUAUAAAAUGUUAUUACAGGUUAUAAAGCAUUUUAUCAUUUUUUUUUAGCACUUCAAAGAUUGUACAUUUAAUUCACAAUAUGUUUCUAAAAGUUUCCUCAUUUUAAAUUAACUUUGUGUUGUCUCUACUGUAUUCUGCUUGCAUAGGGAUAACACAUAUUCAACCUGUAGCCUACAAUUAUACAAAUAAUAUAGGCAUAUUAUGUAUUUUGUCCGUGAAUGUGUUGCCAUAGGCCCCAUGUUUGGUUAGGAUUAGACGCAAAUCUGUUAUGGAUAAGGUUAGGGAAGGCGUUUGGGCUUGUCUUUAGUGUAAAACUUCUGUCAACUUCUGUAACAUUGAAAACAGCGGGCAUGAAACAGUGGACUUUGGUGGUCUUUUAGCUUGGCCGCUGUUUGUUUACUUUAGGGACGUGUGGAUGGAGGUAAGUCACGUGAGGGUCCUGUGGGUGGAGGUCUGAGGUUUGGGUUCCUCUCAAAGUGUGUAUCCCUUAACUCAAUGUUGUUUAUUUUUUGUAGAAAUGAGGCCAACUAAAAUAUGUUUGAAUGAGAAUGUGACAAAUGUGAUAUGUUCAAAAUUUACUUUUUGAGAAAAAUGCUCUUGAGGAUCAAGUAGGCUAUAUUCUUUGUUUAUGAAAAAAAGCCAUGUCUUUAUUUUAUUUUUGUUUAACUGUUAUAAGACCCUGAAGUUUGCACUCAGCACAUUGUGCAAUUGCUGUUUCCAACAGUGGAGUGAAGAGUUCUCUGUGCCCUUGUGUUGUUAUAAAGUACUGUAUCAUGUAUUUAAACAGACUCUUGACAGUAGUUUUGUUAAAUGCAGUUAUAACUGGGUAUUCCUCUCUGACAUAAGCAGGUAAAAUGUGCCCCUUGACUGGAGCCAAAGACUUAUUAUUGACACAAUUAUUCUUCUUAGCAUUUGUUCUUUGGACAAGAAACAACCAAAUCCAAAUAAGAACCAUCUGUUGAGUGAAAAUCUGAGUUUACAAAAACAUUUGAAGUGUGGUGGCUGUGAAACCAAAAAGCAUUGUAGUAUAAUGUACAGAAAAUCAGCACAUUUUUGUAUCAUCUUUUAUUGGUUUUCAUAUUACACAUGAUGCUUGCUUAUGAACCUCAAGCUCAUCUUGAUUGAAAUGUUUCAUUGGACUGAAGAUGGCGCUGCCACCUCAGUACCAAUAGAAAGAUUUUCAUUAUGGAAAAGACAGUGUCUUCCAUUCUCA